CACGUGACUCCGUUCUAAGGUAUCGCCGAGCUUUUGGUAACGCGAAGUAGACCAAAGUUUGCGAAAAUGCAGCAAGUCGAUGAUUACCAGCGGCAGGAUGCCAACAACGUCGAUGAAAAGGCGAAAAAAAGCAACGACGAAGAGGGAUUCGAUCUGGACGAUCUCUUGCCGAUCGUCGGUGAAUUUGGCCGUUAUCAGAAGCAGCUGCUCUGGCUCGUAUGCCUACCGGCGUGCUUGCCUUGCGGCUUUUGCGCCUUCAAUCAACUGUUCAUGGCGGACACACCGGCGCAUUGGUGCAAAGUACCCGGACUGGAAAAUAUGGAUGUCUCCCGGAGAAGGAGACUCGGCAUUCCUACCAGUCAGGACGACAACGAGACGUACAGCCAAUGCACGCGAUACGACGUAGACUGGACGGCGGAGAACGCGUCCAGCUCGAGGACGAACUCCUCGUGGUCUAUCGUACCCUGCGAUCACGGUUGGGAAUACGAGACUUCGGAGGUCACAUCAUCCAUAGUCAUCGACUUUGAUCUCGUUUGCGAACGUGCUAUUUAUCCAACGAUCGGUCUGGUUGCACUUAAUACCGGUGGACCUAUAGGAGUUUAUCUUUUUGGUACUUUGAACGACAGAAUCGGUCGUAGACUGUCCUUCUUCACGUGUUUGGCGACGUUGAUCACCGGUGGUUUUCUCACGUCUAUAUCCAACAGCUUUUGGACGUGGGCAGCUACGCGAAUGGUAGUCGGUUUAACUAUACCCGCCAUCUAUCAAAUACCCUUUAUCAUAUCUUUGGAGUUGGUCGGUCCUAAUUAUCGAUCGUUCGUGACAGUGAUGACGUGCAGCUUCUACACGAUGGGUCUGUGCAUGCUGGCAGGCGUUACGUACUUGAUAAGAGAUUGGAGAACACUCGCGAUUACGACGAGCGCGCCCUUUCUAUUGUAUUUCACUUAUUGGUGGUUCCUUCCGGAAUCUCCUCGGUGGUUAUUGGCGAAGGGUCGUUUGGUAGAGGCGAACGAUAUUCUCGAAAAAUUGGCACGCGUCAAUGGAAAGGAACUUCCAGCUUCGUUCACGCAGAAGCUUCGCCAACGUAUGAUGAUGUCGAGAUCGAAGAGCGAAGAGGAAAGACUACGCAACGGACCAGGCGUCUUGUCUCUCUUUAAAACGCCGAAUAUGCGUUUAAAAACUUGCCUUAUCACGUUAAAUUGGUUCGCCAAUAAUAUGGUAUACGUUGGAUUGUCUUAUUACGGACCUGCCCUCGGUAGCGAAGAACAUCUCAGCUUUCUUUUCUCUUCGUUGGCCGAAAUUCCCAGUUACAUGGCUUGUUGGAUAGUCAUGGAUAGGUGGGGUCGCAGAUGGCCCCUGUGUCUCUGCAUGGUCGUCGCCGGUGUUUCCUGCAUAGCCACGGUUCUACUCUCUGCAGACGCCGUCGUAGCCACGUUAAUCCUGUUUCUCCUUUCGAAAUCCGCGAUAUCGGCCUCGUUUUUGAUAAUAUAUCCCUUCGCCGGUGAACUUUAUCCAACGCAAUUGCGCGGCGUUGCCAUUGGUUUUUCCGCUUACAUCAGCGGUCUUGGUUUGAUCAUCAUACCGUUCGUUACGUAUUUGGGUAAGGAGAAUCUAGUGUUGCCUUUGGUGAUCUUAGGUUGCGUCUCGGUGAUCGGCGGUCUUUCGGGUUUACGGUUACCGGAAACUCUACACCAUCGACUUCCGCAAACGGUGGAGGAGGGAGAACUCUUUGGAAAGGAUUGGACCUGUGCCGAUUGUAUUCGAUGCAUACCUACCAAACCUUCAUCGGCGGCGGCUUCCUACGAGGACCUGUCGGAAAGAGAAACCGUCGAGAUGCACGAGGUACCCGAACUUCCAAUAGCUCAAACUACAUCGACACAAGCGAUAUCGCAAAGAAUUUUAGAGGAGCAACAACGACCGACCGGUGCGAGCGUUCGCCGGCUUGUUCGGCAAUCGAGCGUGAUGGACACUCAGCGUGACUCCGAUGGUUCCAUAAAGAUGACAUAUUGGUUUUAGACUCGGAGAUACUCAUAUAUAGGGUCCAUUAUUAGUCUAUCUAGUCCGAUAUUCCUACUUUAUACAAAAUUGCAUUUUUUAAGAUUACCAUAGUGUCUUCUCGUU